AUGGCAUCAAGGAAGAAGGUCCUGUUGAAGGUCAUUAUCCUCGGCGACAGCGGCGUAGGAAAAACAAGCUUGAUGAACCAAUAUGUCAAUAAAAAGUUCAGCGCGAGCUACAAAGCUACAAUUGGAGCCGAUUUUCUCACGAAGGAAGUGCUGGUUGAUGACAGACUGGUGACGAUGCAGCUUUGGGAUACGGCUGGUCAAGAACGAUUCCAGUCCCUGGGUGUUGCCUUCUACCGAGGAGCAGACUGCUGCGUUCUAGUCUACGAUGUGAAUAACUCGAAGAGCUUCGAGGCGCUCGACAGCUGGCGGGACGAAUUCCUUAUCCAGGCAAGCCCUCGGGAUCCUGAGAGUUUCCCUUUUGUGGUGAUUGGAAACAAGAUCGAUGUGGAGGAGAGCAAGAGAAUGAUCUCUUCGAAACGCGCUAUGACGUUUUGCCAGUCCAAAGGCAACCUUCCCUAUUUUGAAACCAGCGCCAAGGAAGCCUUGAACGUUGAACAAGCAUUUGAAGUUAUCGCAAGGAAUGCCCUCGCUCAGGAAGAAGCGGAGGAAUUCAACGGAGACUUUAACGAUCCAAUCACUAUCGGCCUUGACAGCGAUCGCGACGGUUGUGCAUGCUAA